CUAAUGACUGUUGACCUAAGCUGUGUCACCCUAACGACCGUGUCCUCCACCAGACAGGGAACACUGCACUGCCCACCACCAGACAGGGGACACCGCACUGCUCACCAGACAGGGGACACUGCACUACCCACCACCAGACAGGGAAACACUACACUGCCCACCACCACCAGACAGGGGAGACUGCACUGCCCGUCACCACCAGACAGGGGACACUGCACUGCCCAUCAGACAGGGGACCCUACACUGCCCAGCACCAGAUAGGGGACACUGCACUGCCCACAAUCAGACAGGUGACACUACACAGACAGUAACACUACACUGCCCACCACCAGACUGGGGACACCGCACUGCCCACCACCAGACAGGGCACUAGUACAAUGCGUGCCCACCCGACAGACAGGGACGCUCGGGCACACCCACAGACAGACCCCCUCCUCCGGAGGGGUAGGCGGCAGUGAAUGGGAGAGCCAGAGUUCCACCUCCGGUAGGCGGGCAGUCGCGGUUCCCUGACUCAUUCCCUGGGAGGACUUUCCCAGGCAGACCGGCCCCUGUCAUGGCGGCGUGCGGCACGGUGUUGCUGGGCUCCCGGUGUAGAAGGAGGGGGGCGACCGUGCUGUUGCUGUUGGUCACGGCACUAGGCCUGAGCAGGGCGGAGGACAGCGCCAUGGAGGAAAUAGUGACGGAGAAGCAGGUGGAGGCCAGCCACCGGCAGGACAGCGUCAACCUGCUGAUCUUCAUCCUGCUGCUCACCCUCACCAUCCUCACCAUCUGGCUCUUCAAGCACCGCAGGUUCCGCUUCCUCCAUGAGACCGGCCUGGCUAUGAUCUACGGGUUAAUUGUUGGUGUGGUGCUGCGAUACGGUGUUCAUAUUCCCAGUGAUGUCAACAAUGUAACUAUAAGCUGUGAGCAACAGAUGAGUCCUACCACGCUGCUAGUGAAUGUCAGCGGCAAGUUCUAUGAGUACACCCUGAAGGGCGAAAUGAGUUCUCCAGAGCUCAACAAUGUUCAGGAUAAUGAAAUGCUCAGAAAGGUUACCUUUGACCCAGAAGUUUUCUUCAAUAUUCUUCUUCCACCAAUUAUAUUUUAUGCAGGAUACAGCUUAAAAAGGAGGCAUUUCUUCAGAAAUUUGGGCUCGAUCCUCGCCUAUGCAUUCCUAGGAACUGCGAUCUCUUGUUUUGUGAUUGGAGCGCUCCUGUAUGGGUGUGUAAAGCUAAUGAAAGUCACUGGAACGCUUGAUGGGGAUUUUUACUUUACCGACUGCUUAUUCUAUGGAGCCAUUAUAUCUGCCACUGAUCCAGUGACCGUUCUAGCCAUAUUUAAUGAACUGCAAGUAGAUGUGGAACUCUACGCCCUUCUCUUUGGUGAAAGUGUCCUGAAUGAUGCAGUUGCCAUUGUGCUGUCCUCGUCAAUUGUUGCCUAUCAGCCGGCCGGAGACAACAGUCACACAUUCGACAUCACUGCCAUGUUGAAGUCUGUAGGAAUGUUUCUGGGCAUUUUCAGCGGGUCCUUUGCUAUGGGAGCUGCAACUGGAGUGGUCACUGCAUUAGUCACUAAGUUUACCAAGUUGCGGGAGUUCCAGCUCCUGGAGACUGGCCUGUUUUUCUUGAUGUCCUGGAGCACAUUCCUUCUUGCUGAAGCUUGUGGCUACACUGGUGUGGUCGCGGUCUUGUUUUGUGGCAUUACCCAGGCACACUACACCUAUAACAAUCUGUCCACAGAAUCCCAAAUCCGUACAAAGCAGCUGUUUGAGCUUUUGAAUUUUUUGGCAGAAAACUUUAUCUUCUCCUACAUGGGUUUGGCUCUAUUCACUUUCCAGAAUCACGUCUUCAAUCCCACCUUCAUAGUGGGCACUUUCCUUGCAGUCUUCCUGGGAAGGGCCACAAAUAUUUAUCCCCUCUCGUUCUUACUUAAUCUGGGGCGAAGAAACAAGAUUGGCUCAAACUUCCAGCACAUGAUGAUGUUUGCUGGGUUACGUGGAGCAAUGACAUUUGCCCUGGCUAUCCGCGAUACAGCCACCUACGCCAGACAAAUGAUGUUCUCUACCACACUGCUUAUAGUAUUUUUUACAGUCUGGGUAUUUGGAGGCGGCACAACUGCAAUGUUAUCAUGUUUACAUAUCAGAGUGGAUGUGGAUUCUGAUCUCGACCAAUUGGGAGUUCCAGAGAAUGAGCGCAGGAGUACAAAGGCAGAGAGCGCCUGGCUUUUUAGGCUGUGGUACAACUUUGAUCACAACUAUCUAAAACCUCUGUUAACACACAGCGGACCGCCCCUCACCGCUACUCUUCCCAGUUGCUGUGGUCCAUUGGCAAGAUGCCUAACAAGUCCGCAGGCCUAUGAGAACCAGGAGCAGCUAAAGGAUGACGAUUCAGAUCUCAUAUUGAAUGAUGGUGACAUCAGCUUAACGUACGGCGACACGACUGUGAGCACAGAACCCAUAUCAUCUAGGAGGGGUAUAGGGAACCAUUCUGAGGAUGCCAUUGAUCGGGAGCUUACCUGUGGGGAUAAUGAACUCAUCUUAAGAGGAACACGCCUGGUCAUGGAAGAAUGUGAAGCUCCAGGGAGUCUGCAAGUCACCAGAAGACCAAGUCCCAUGUAGUUAUUUAUUUUUUUAAAGCGGAGGGAGCUCCUCAUCUUUGACAAUGAAA